AUGCGUUCUACACUCUUUUAUAGUAUAUGUUUAAGUAUACUUGCAAUAAGACAAAGCUACUGCCAACAACUAUCAGAUCGUGCACAUGAAGAAUACAAUGAAGCAUUAACACUACGUGACCUACCUGAUGGCAAGCUGCUUGGACACUUUGAAUUCACUACUCGAGUCAAAGCCAAUACAAAGCCAAAUGCGCCUUUUUUGGAUUACGGACUAUACCCCAAAGCGAUCGGAGAAGUGCUUCAAUCAUACAAUGUACGCGAAAUGCAUCUUUCUUUCACUCAGGGACGAUGGAACUAUGAAGAGUGGGGAUAUCCACCUACUUUAUCUGCUGGCACAGGUGUGGAAUUAUGGGCCUGGAUGAAGGAUUCAGAAAAUGUUGAUAAGCAUUGGAAAGCAUUGACCAACACAUUGUCUGGCUUAUUCUGUGCGUCACUGAAUUUCAUUGAUGAAACCAUCACAACAGAGCCUCGACUGUCCUUUAGAACAUCAGGAGAUGAGGAUAUUGCAGGCCAGCAGUUGAGAUAUGGCUCUUUGCCGCAUGAAAAUGUGUGCACAGAGAAUUUGACUCCUUGGAUCAAGCUAUUGCCAUGCAAAGCCAAGUCUGGAAUUUCAGUGCUACUCAACCCACACAAAAUCUACAACUCCAACUUCCACUCCAUGGCAAUUCAUGCCAAAUCCAUCUGCAUUGACGAUGCAUGCACCCACAGAGAAUUGGAAUUGACGCAAACAGUGACGUCCGUGAUGGAUCCUGUACGAGACACGAGUCGCAGAGAUUGGUCUUUGAAAUCAGUGUUUGACCGUCAGUUGAAAAACGCUUGUCCACUUGCCAAAGAGAGCAAAGUCUUGGUGGAUUUAGUAAAUGCAGGUGAUCAUUAUGAGCUAAAACCCGAGGCUACACAGCUUGAGGACAAGGUAGCAGUCUACCACUUAUCCAAGCAAAUACAGCAAACACCGUUGGAUAUUCGCAUGACAUGGCAGCAGAAUUCCUUUCUAUACCCUCUGGAGCCUAUUCGACCCAUGAUUUAUGCUGAGCGCUACUUUACUGGAUACGGACAGGAAAGAGGAGGACUGAAGAUUACCAUCCACAAUCGAAACAAGCUUAGUGCCAUGCCUGUGAUUUACUAUGAUUCAAUUCCAUGGUACCUCAAGCUGUAUUUACAUACACUCCAGGUACACAUCAACGAUUCUCUGAAUUCCACCAGUGAUAUCAUUCAGCAAAUGUACUAUCAGCCUGCCAUUGAUCGAGCCAGACCGACUACUUUAGAGUGCCAGCUGUUGCUACCCGCAGACUCGAUUGUAACUCUGUCUAUGGAUUUCGAAAAAGUGUUCUUAAAGUACACUGAGCAUCGACCUGAUGCCAAUAGAGGAUUUGAUGUCGGGUCUGCAGUCAUUACGGCUUGGAUUCCGGAAGAAAAUGGGUUGAUUCUGAGUGGAGAGCCUCAACGCAUCUACACAGACACACUUUUAGUUAGUCUUCCUACACCUGAUUUCAGCAUGCCAUAUAAUGUAAUCACGCUUACUUGCACGGUGAUUGCGCUGUUCUUUGGCUCCUUGUUCAAUCUGUUGAUACGCAAUUUUAGCAUUGUUCCCUCCACAUCCCCAACCUCUCCAACAGGGUUAAAAAGCGAGUAA